CGGGGUCUGAGCUGAGCUUCGAGCUGGGGAGGCCUGAUCUGGUGCAGGAGCUGCUUUGAUGAGUGGGGCUGGCGUAGGGGAAGGGAGAGCAUACACACAGGGUCUCUAACACCCAUGCUGGCUGUGGGGUCCCAGGAGGAGCAGCAGCGCCUGGCUGAGCAGCGGCUGCAGGAGGAGCGGGAGAAGAAAGCCAAGGAGGCGGCGGCGGCGGCCAGCAAAAGCCUGAACGUGACCGUGGACGUGCAGUCUCCAGCUUGUACCUCGUAUCAAAUGACUCCACAAGGGCACAGGGCGCCCCCCAAGAUCAACCCAGAUAACUACAGGAUGGAUCUGAACAGCGAUGACUCCACUGAUGAUGAGGCUCAUCCCUGGAAGCCCAUCCUUACCUGGGCCAGAGGCACCCAGCUCAGCCAGGCCAUCAUCCACCAGUACUACAACCCCCCGAACCUUCUCGAGCUCUUUGGAACCAUUCUCCCGCUGGACUUGGAAGACAUCUUCAAGAAGAGCAAGCCCCGCUACCACAAGCGCACAAGCUCUGCCGUCUGGAACUCGCCACCCCUGCAGGGCACCAGGGUCCCCAGCAGCCUGGCCUACAGCCUGAAGAAGCACUGA